AUUAACUCCUGUAUCUUAUUGUAGAUAGUGUCACACGUUUCCUUUCCUAUUCUUAUCCCUCUAUGCCGCCGUGGCGUUUACAUGCAUUGCACUUUCCCGGUACUCUCCGUGCGUUCAUAAAACUGCACAAAGAGGGCUCUGCGUUCUCUCUUCGGUUACUCUCUGGUUGCACGUGUUCGUGUUAGUGUAUACUGUAUGUGCGGCGUAUGGUGGAUUGAGGUUAAGAAUUUUGAAGUGGUAGACUCUAAAUAGUGUAUCUUAUUACUUGGCGACUUUAUUAACAAAAUGGAGGAUUUAGUUCCUGCUCCAAAAAUUAAUUUCAUUCCAUGUAUUAGAUGGGUAAAACGAGGAGUGGCGAAAGAGAAUCCCGACAAGGUUGAAUUAACAGAGGAAGAAUUACAAGCAGUAAUAAGUCAGACCAAGACAGAAAUAGAUGAAAAUGAAAAUGGGGAAAUUGAAGUGAGAAAUGGUGUUGAGGAUGACAAAGGAAGCAAUGGAGACGAGUUUGAUUUCGCACACUAUGACGACGAUGAUGAUGGAGCUGGAGUGAAUGUGGGGAAUAUCAUUGUUUCGGCCAACACUAGUAAAGACCCGUAUAUUACUUUGGAGGAAGAUGAAGAUGAAGAGGAUAGUGAGCGGGAGGAUGAUAUUAUACGUCCAAAUGAUAAUCUUGUUCUUGUGGGACAUGUUGAAGGAGACGCAACCGUUUUGGAAGUGUAUGUUUACAAUGAAGAAGAAGAAUCAUUGUACGUGCACCAUGAUGUGCUGCUUCCUUCCUUUCCUCUGUGCAUUGAAUGGCUGGGUUUCGAACCAAAAUCUGGAGGAGCACCAGGAAACUUGUGUGCUGUGGGUACCAUGUCACCUGUAAUUGAAAUCUGGGAUUUAGAUUUAGUGGAUUGUAUUGAAGCUGUCUGCAAACUUGGGAGGAAAAAAAGCAAGAAGAAAGGAAUUAAAGCUGUUGGUCAUAAGGACGCUGUUCUUGACAUAUCCUGGAAUACCAUUUUCCCACAUAUACUAGCAAGUGGCUCUGUGGAUCAAACUGUUCUACUCUGGGAUUUGGACAACUGCCUUCCUGCCUCAAAAUUUAAAUCAUUUACUGAGAAAGUGCAGUCUCUUAAAUGGCAUCCUUUCGAGAGUCAGACAUUGCUUACUGGAUGCUGUGAUGGUACGGGUUAUAUCAACUAUAUUGACUGCCGUUGUGAUGAACCUGUCUGGACAAUAUAUGCUCAUACAAAGGAAGUGACAGGCUUGAGUAUGAGUACUCAGUGUCCUGGUCUGUUGGUCUCAGCCUCAACUGAAGGUGUGAUGAAGAUCUGGGAUGUAACAGACCAUCCGGAUGCAAAGGGCCCCAAACUAGUUAAUGAGAGGAACCUUGGACUAGGUGCCGUUCAUUGCUUAGAGGGGAGCCCAAAUUCACCUUUUGUUUUUUGUGCUGGUGGAGACCAAAGGGACAACAAUUUUAAAGUAAUGGACAUUAGAUACAAUGAUGUAGCAGUGGAACAGCACUUUUCAUCUCGAGAAUUGCUCUGCAUUAAGACUGAGGCAGAUGACCAGCCAUCUACAUCUGAACCUAUGGACACAACGUGUGAAGCUGCAGAAGCCCUUCAGUCUCUUUCUUUGAAAGGCAGGCAUAAAAAAAAUAAAAAAAACAAUAUUGAU